AAUAUUCUUUAGGCUUAUUCCACAAAAGUCAAAAUCAUAUGGUCGUAAAUCAUUUAAAAAAAUAUGUGAACAUAAAACAUUAAAUUGGAGCUUCUUCCAUGGCAGAGUAUUGAAAGUUAAUUAACCAAUGGGGAUUGGCAUUAGCAUAUUCUAUUUUAUCCCAAAACACUCAGAUUUUUCUUCUACACUUACUUGGGAUUUACUUAACUUUACUCUUUCUCGAUUCCGCUGAUAUUCUCAAACCCCAAAAUCUCUCUCUCCCUUCUUCUCUCUUUGAUUCGAUUCUGUUGAGCCCUCCACGGACUCAGUCCACUGUACACCGCUCUUCUUCAGCUUUCUCAGCCGCUCUUACCUUACCGGACUUCCUUUCUCUGCACAAAUCAUGGAGCUUCAACAACAAUUCAUGGAGCCCUUUGAUUGACAUCCUUUUUCUUCUUAAAAGGGUUUUUUUUCCUCUUUGAAUUCUGAAUCUGAGAUUCGAAAAUGGAGUUUCAGGAGGGUUUGAUGAAGUUUAUGGUUCAUAGACAUAUUAAACCCAACUGGGUUUUGGAGAAGGAUUCUCCAUCUGUUGCAGUUUCGGAGAUAACUAAUAGUCCUCGACGGAAAUGGCGGAUUUUCAGUCGGUCUUCUUCUUCCCCAUUUCCGUCCAAACCCCAAUUGAAGGAAAUACCCAAAGAAUUGCUUUGUCCGAUUACUGGGUCUUUAAUGGCGGACCCUGUAAUUGUCUCCUCUGGUCAUACUUUUGAAGCUGCUUGUGUUCAGGUUUGUAAAGAUUUAGGGUUGAAUCCGACUUUGUUAGAUGGUUCGAAACCGGAUUUCUCCUCUGUUAUCCCAAAUCUGGCUCUUAAAUCCGCCAUUUUCAAUUGGUGUAAAAAUUCCUCUUCUGAACCUCCUAAACCGCUCGAUUUCUCCUCUGCUGAAAAGCUCGUUCGAAAAUUCAUGGCGGCUCACAGUAAAAGCGAUGAGGAAUUGAUUCAAGGGAUUGCUGAGAAUCCUGUGGUCCGAUUCAACCAUGCCGCCACUGAAGUCACUCGUCGGAGCUCUCAUUUCCACUCGAGCUCCGAUGAAUCUGUAAGCGCCGCCGUUCCUACUCUGCCUCUUCCUCUUACGACUCGGCCGAGUUGCUGUUCUUCGUCUUCUUCCUCUGACGUCGAGAUCAUUGGUACUCUGAACUUGCCUGAAGAAGAAGAGAUCAUAGCGAAGCUUAAAAGUUCUCAGGUUAUUGAGAUUGAAGAGGCUGUGACUACGCUGAGAAAAAUCACAAGAACUCGAGAGGACAGCAGGGUUCAUCUCUGUUCUCCUUUGGUUCUCUCCGCUCUGCGAUCUCUCAUCGUCUCAAGGUACACUGGCGUUCAAGUGAAUGCAGUUGCAGCGCUUGUAAAUCUAUCUUUAGAGAAUGUGAACAAGGUCAAGAUCGUACGGUCGGGGAUUCUCCCUAAUUUGAUCGAUGUUCUGAAAGGGGGAUCGCCGGAGGUUCAGGAACAUGCUGCCGGCGCCAUUUUCAGCUUAGCUCUCGAGGACGACAACAAGACGGCAAUCGGCGUAUUGGGUGCUCUGCCACCAUUGAUACGGCUGUUGGUAUCCGACUCGGAGCAAACUCGGCACGACUCAGCUCUUGCUCUUUACCACUUAUCACACGUUCAGAGCAACCGUUCGAAGCUUGUGAAACUUGGGUCGGUGCCGGUUUUUCUCGGGAUGGUGAAAUCCCGCCACAUGGCCGGCUGUAUUUUGCUGAUUUUGUGUAACAUAGCAGCUUGUUUUGAGGGCCGGGCGGCGUUAUUGGACUCUGGUGCGGUGGAGUGUUUGGUGGGGAUGUUGAGGGAGAACGAGUUAGACUCUGAAUCGACUCGGGAGAGUUGUGUGGCGGUUCUGUUUGGACUGAGUUACGGCGGUUUGAGGUUCAAAGGUCUGGCAAAAACCGCCGGAGCAAUGGAUGUUUUCAUGGCGAUCGAGAAAAAUGGAACUGAGAGAUCAAAAGAGAAGGUGAAGAGAAUCAUUGAGUAUAUGAAAGCCAGAGAUGAGGAAGCUGAGGACGUGAAUUGGGAGGAAUUGCUCGACUCAGGUUGUUUCGGCAGCCGAACUCGGUGUCGACUGGGUGCUGGAAUGGACAGAUCCACCGCAAACUCGUCUGAGUUCUGAAUAGAACUCAUUUGAAUCUGUAAACUUGGGAUUUUUUUUUUCUUUUUCGUUUAUCAUUUGGGUUGUGAAUAUUAGUGAACAACAAACCCCUUUUGAUUUGAUUUGAUUUUUAACUCUGUUUUUUUCCUUCAUCUUCAUCUUCAUCUGUUUCCUUUUUUCUCUUUUCCUGGUGAAGAUGCCAAAUAAAAGCCUUCUAAAGAAGCGACCUCAAAAUUUUGUAUUGUGUAAUUUCUGUAAUUUGUGUAUUGUGAUUCAUUACAAUCUUCAUCUUUACCA